AGCUCGCGUUGUUGAGUGAGGUGCGACCAUGUUGGACACCUGUGGUGUUUGUGCAGGUGUCAUCCUUGAAUCUGAGGAGAAAAUCAAGUGCGCAGGACCUUGCGAGGAACUAUUUCACCUGUCGUGCGCCAUAGAAAGUGAGUCGGAAAAUUCACGGGAGGUAAAAGACUGCAAACCAAGGAAUCUCCCAUCGAAUCUGAAUUCGUCGAGUUCAAUUGUGCAAAAUGAUUUCUUUGAUCAAGUUCUGUCGGAUGCCUCGAAACUAGAAAAUAUUUUAAACAUGGUUCCUGAUUUACAAAGAAGUGGUAUUCGUGAUUUGUCCGAUAGGUCGGACUUGUUGGUAUCUUUGAAUAAGGAAAUACUUCAGCUACGGAGUGAAAAUGCUACACUUGGUAAUCGAGUAAGAGAUUUAGAUGUUAAAGUGAACAAUGAUAUUGUAAUGUUCGAUGAGUUGAAAAAAAUGGUGGGUGAUCUGACAAGCAAGCUAGAUGAAACCAGCAGGUCGGUGGUGGAUCUUAAAGAUGAAAUUAAAUGCAUUAGAAGUUUGAACAAAAAAGUUGAAGAUGAAAAUGCCAGUCUUGUAAAUCAAGUUAGGGACUUAGAAAAUAAACUAGGUGAACUGAAAUCGUCAUUAAAACAACAUAUAGAAAAUAGAGUGAUUCAUACAGAAAUACCUAGUGUCAAAACAAAUGAAGAGAAAGAAAGUCUUUCUUGUAAACCUGUGCUUCAGGAACACAAAAAUGAUGAAAACUCGUCUUUGGUUCCAGUGAGACGGAACAUCAAAUUUUCAAUGGCUGCCCAGGUUUAUAAAAAGUUUCUAGAACUGAACAAGGAUCAAGAUAUGUUCAAAAGCUGGCUUACUUCAGUGUGUGGUGCAAAUUCUAGAUGGUCUAGAGAAUGCUUCCAGUGUCUGCGCGAUUGGGAUAUCACAUUUGAAGUCCUAGUCCAGCAACAGCAACAAACUAUAACAAAGAAAUUGCAGCUAUUAGACACUAAGAACCAGGGGACAAUUACACAAAAUACAGAAAACAGAGUGACCCAUACAAAAAUAGCUAGUGUCAAAACAAAUGCAGAGAAAGAAAGUCUUUCUUGUAACAAUUUGUUUCAUUCACACAAAAAUGAAGAAAACUCGUUGGCAACUCGUCCUAAGUUGCUUGAGGUUCCUGUGAGACGGGACGUGCAAUAUUCAUUGGACAACAAUUCCUUGGAUUGCAAUAUGGAAAAUAAACCUGUAACUGAAUUGGCAGGAAUCGGCGAAACCGACGCGGACAGACUACUUGCUGACUUGAUGUAUCUGCCAACUCUACCCAUCGAAUUUUAUUUAGAUUUAUCUAAAAAUAUCAUUAUUUAGAUAUUUUUAGGUAUUUUUUGGA